CCUUCCCCCGCGGGAGUUAUUUUGAACUCUCUGGCGGUAACCGCACCCUAGGGUUUCGAGGAGCUCUGAGGCUGGCCUGCGGGGCUCUGAGGAGACAGAGGAAAACUUGGCUUUGGGUCGAGUGAGCACGGGCAGGGCUAGUUCUGACUGGGUCCUUGGCGCUAUGGGAGCGGAGAAGAGGCUGCCCUCGAUUAAGGAGGCAUUUCAGCUGGCCCAGCAGCCGCACCAGAACCAGGCGAAGCUGGUGGUGGCGCUGAGUCGCACCUACUGCACGAUGGAUGAUAAAGCAGUUUUUCAUGAGGAGUUCAUUCAUUACCUUAAAUAUGCUAUGGUGGUCUAUAAACGUGAACCAGCUGUGGAGAGGGUAACAGAAUUUGCAGCAAAGUUUGUUACUUCAUUUCAUCAAUCAGAGAUGGAAGAUGAUGAUGGUGAAGAAGAUGGUGGCAUUUUAAAUGUUUUGUUUACUUUUCUGUUAAAGUCUCAUGAAGCAAACAGCAAUGCAGUGAGAUUUAGAGUGUGCCAGCUAAUAAACAAGCUCUUAGGAAGUAUGCCGGAAAACGCUCUGAUUGAUGAUGAUUUGUUUGAUAAAAUUAAAGAAGCCAUGCUUAUUAGAUUGAAAGAUAAAAUUCCAAAUGUUAGAAUACAGGCAGUUCUAGCUCUUUCACGACUUCAGGAUCCCAAAGACGAUGACUGCCCAGUGGUUAAUGCAUAUGCUACUUUGAUUGAAAAUGAUUCAAAUCCAGAAGUUAGGCGAGCAGUGUUAUCAUGUGUUGCACCAUCAGCAAAGACUUUGCCAAAAAUAGUAGGACGCACCAAGGAUGUGAAAGAGGCUGUCAGAAAGAUGGCUUAUCAGGUUUUAGCUGAAAAGAUCCAUAUGAGAGCUAUGUCCAUUGCUCAGAGAGUAAUGCUCCUUCAACAAGGUCUUAAUGACAGAUCAGAUGCUGUGAAACAAGCAACGCAGAAACAUCUUCUCCAAGGCUGGUUACGUUUCACUGAAGGAGAUAUUUUAGCGUUGCUUCAUCGAUUGGAUGUGGAGAAUUCUUCUGAAGUGGCAGUCUCUGUUCUGAAUGCGUUAUUUUCAAUGACUCCUCUUAUUGAACUUGUGGGGACCUGUAGAAAUGAUGCCAGGAAAUUAAUUCCACUGGAAACAUUAACUCCUGAAAUUGCAUUGUAUUGGCGUGUCCUUUGUGAAUAUUUGAAAUCAAAAGGAGAUGACGGUGAAGAAUUUAUAGAGCAGAUUUUGCCAGAGCCUGUUGUAUAUGCAGAGUACUUACUAAGUUAUAUUCAGAGCAUUCCAGUUGUUAAUGAUGAACAGAGAGGUGAUUUUGCCUAUAUUGGAAAUUUGAUGACAAAAGAGUUCAUAGGUCAACAAUUAAUUCUAAUUAUCAAGUCUUUGGAUACCAGUGAGGAAGGAGGAAGAAAACGACUGCUGGCUAUCUUACAGGAGAUUCUUACUCUACCCACAACUCCAAUUUCCCUAAUUUGUUUUCUUGUUGAGAGACUACUCCAUAUCAUUACAGAUGAUAAUAAAAGGACAGAAAUUGUUACAGAAAUUAUCUCAGAGAUUCGGGCACCCAUUGUUACUGUUGGUGUUAAUGAUGAUUUAGCUGAUGCAAGAAAGAAAGAACUCAAGAUGGCUGGAAUAAAAGUUAAACUUAUUGAGGCAAAAGAAGCUUUGGAAAAAUGCAUUGCUAUCCAGGAUUUUAAUCAGGCAUCAAAACUAAAAGAAGAAAUAAAAGCAUUAGAAGAAGCCAAAAUAAACCUAUUGAAAGAGACAGAGCAACUUGAAAUCAAAGAAGUCCACAUAGAGAAGAAUGAUUCUGAAACACUGCAGAAGUGUCUUAUUUUGUGUUAUGAACUGCUGAAGCAGAUGUCCAUUUCAACAGGUAUAAGUGCAACCAUGAAUGGGAUCAUUGAAUCUUUGAUUCUCCCUGGAAUAAUAAGUGUUCACCCUGUAGUAAGAAAUAUGGCUGUUUUAUGCUUGGGAUGCUGUGGACUACAGAAUAAGGAUUUUGCAAGUAAACACUUUGUAUUAUUAUUGCAGGUUUUGCGAAUUGAUGAUGUCACAAUAAAAAUCAGUGCUUUAAAAGCGAUCUUUGACCAACUGAUGACAUUUGGGAUUGAACCAUUUAAAACUAAAAAAAUCACGGCCCCUCAAAGUGAAGGCUCAGAAAUAAACAGUGGUGACGGGCAAGAGUUGAGAGGAGAGGAAGAAGAGACUGCUACGGCUAAGAAUGUUCUGAAACUCCUUGCUGAUUUCUUAGAUAAUGAGGUGUCUGAACUCAGAACGGGAGCUGCAGAAGGGCUAGCCAAGCUGAUGUUCUCUGGGCUUUUGGUCAGCAGUAGGAUUCUUUCUCGUCUUAUUUUGUUAUGGUACAAUCCUGUGACUGAAGAGGAUGUUCGACUUCGACAUUGCCUAGGAGUCUUCUUCCCCAUGUUUGCUUAUGCAAGCAGGACCAAUCAGGAAUGCUUUGAAGAAGCUUUUCUUCCAACUCUGCAAACAUUGGCCAAUGCCCCUGCAUCUUCUCCUUUAGCUGAAAUAGAUAUCAUUAACGUCACUGAGUUGCUUGUAGACUUAACAAGACCGAGUGGAUUAAAUCCUCAGACCAAGAACUCCGAAGAUUAUCAGGCUUUAACAGUACAUGACAAUUUGGCUAUGAAAAUUUGCAGUGAGAUCUUAGCAAGUCCAUGUUCACCAGAAAUCCGGGUCUAUACAAAAGCCUUGAGUUCUUUAGAACUCAGUAGCUAUCUUGCAAAAGAUCUUCUGGUUCUACUAAAUGAGAUUCUGGAGCAAGUAAAAGAUAGGCUGUGUCUGAGAGCUUUGGAGAAAAUGAAGAUUCAGUUAGAAAAAGGAAAUAAAGAACAUGGUGAUCAAACUGUAGCAGCCCAAGAUGCCAAGACAACAACAACUAUUAUUCAAAAUGAAGAUGAAGAGAAUAAGGAAGUAUAUAUGACUCCUCUCAGGGCUAUAAAAGCCACCCGAGCAUCAAAAUCCACCCAGCAAAAGACUAACCGAGGACGGAGAAAAGUCACAGCUUCGGCUAGGGUGAACCGGAGACAUCAUACUGCUGAGGCUGACUCUGAAAGUGAUCAUGAAGUUCCAGAACCAGAAUCAGAAAUGAAGAUGAGAUUACCACGACGAGCCAAAACAGCAGCACUAGAAAGAAGUAAGCUUAAUCUUACACAGUUUCUCAGUGAAGAUAGUAGUUAAGAGAGAUGAUGGAGGUGGAGUUCUUUAAAAAAAUGUCCUUU